GUCCAUUCAUAUGGAGACUGGAGUAUUGCUUCAGAACUCUGGAUUGAUGCCUUAUCGUUCAUUAUGCCAUGGAAAGAGUUGGAGCUCCGUGACUAUAAUAGAUAUUUGACUGGAAUCUUCACUGACAUCCACUAUAGUGUCCAUUCCUACAUCAUCAACUUUGAUCAAGCAUGUCAGCUCAAAGUUAAAGGAAAAAAAUACCUUCAUUUCAAUGACUUCCAUGAGUUUAAGCAGCUUGAAACCUCUCACUUGUCUUCCCUUGGAAUGGUUGUCUUUACUGAACUCCAGUGCCCCUCUGGACUACCAAGUUCAUCAGACAAGGGUUCAGGAAAGUCAUUGAAUGCGGGACAAAAAUUGGCACAUACAGAUUCUUCCUCACAGAGAGAGCCAUGCCAUAAUUGGAACUGA